AUGAUGGAGUACAUAGGAGCAACUGGGGCCCCUGUAACGUUCGAUCUUGUUCCCGUUGAAGAAGGCAUUGAUUUCCACUUCAUCCUCAGUUUCGCAAUUGAUGCAGACCUUUCUGGGAAUGCCCAGAACGGCAAAUUUUCUCCAUAUUGGGCAGAAACAUUGACCCCAGAUUCUGUCGCAGCCAUCAAGGCGCGACGCUCCAACGUCAAAGUCUUGGCCAGUCUUGCUGGAUGGAGCCUACGAGACAAAGUCAUACGCUGGUACGACCCAACAGAUCCUCAUCUCUGGGUUUCAAAUGCUUUCUCGUCCUUAAAAUCCCCAGCAACCACUUACCACCUUGAUGGCAUCGACAUUGACUACGAAAAAUUCCCAACACAACGCAACUACACUACUUUCGCUUUCUGCAUUGGCCAGCUCAUCACCCUCUUGAAGAACCAGAGUGUUAUUUCCGUGGCCACCAUUGCUCCUUACCAUCUCACCGCUGUUCCUUACAUUGAACUAUUCAAAGAUUACAACAACGUUAUAGAUUAUGUAAAUCACCAGUUCUAUACGGAUAAAGUUCUGACUCCUUUGCGCUACCUGGAGGAUUUCAAGAUUCGAGCUUUACAAUUUGACAAGAAUAAGUUGCUUCCAAGCUAUGAAGUUAAUGGAAGAGGAAUUCAAGGAGAUGAGUUCUUUGCGACUUUAAGCCUUUUGGAACAACAUGGGUUUGAAGUCAACGGUGUGAUGAUUUUCUCGGCGGAUGCUAGCUCCGCCGCGGCCAAUAACUACUAUUAUGAGAGAAAAUCGCAAGAAUUCUUGCUCAACACUACUAAUGUAUGA